AUGCUGCAUUCCAUCCACGACAUCAAUCCAGCUCGUCUGAACGCGAUCAUGCCCACUCUCCAGCGUAUGGAGGAUGAUCCGGCGUUCCUUGAGUACCGAGAGCGUCGUUUCAACCAAGAUGAGCCACCACCAUAUUCAUCGCACAGCACCACGAGAUUGCCAACUCCUGACCUAUUCCCCCCGACCGCGGACGAUAUCGAUGUAGACGAACUUCUUCGCAAACCGUUGAGUGACUAUGAGAUCAAUUUGAUCCGGGGGAGAUUUAAGCGGUAUCACCCACGCGAUCGAUACGACGACGAAGUCCGUCAAGAAAAGAAGCGGAUCGAUGACGCAUAUAGCAGACGAGAUGCCAACUAUAUUCCGCUCUAUCGUGGACCUGAUCUGAUCGGACGUCCGGGUCAACAGAGGGAAUAUAUCAUGGCCAGACACAGCAUCAAAAAGCGAUGGCAACAACUGGGAGUCUGGAACCCGGAAUGGGGAGUACCAACUGACGAACUAGGGGGGUUUGGCAACGACGACGGCCCUUACUCCUGGGCGUGGGACCGGAAACCGCGGUACAUAAAGCGGAAGUUCAAUUACUUACCACACGAAGAAAAAAUGGCUAGUUGGCCCUCGCCAGAUGAGGAAACCCCAAACGAGCGAGCGAUUCGACUGCAUCUCUCGAGAGAGGGCCGCUGGAGCGAGACUCUGAAGCUACAGUCUUCAGAAGCUGGAAAGCUAUAUGACGUCGACGCGGACGAUCGUGAGUCCCUAAUCAUGACCCGACCUUGGUACGUGUGGGCACUGGAGGUUGCUGAGGAGGAGGUGAGAUUGAAUCGCGAUCCAAAGCAGUCGCUGGUCGAUGUCUAUUAUCCGGCGCGGGCGAAUGUAACAGCAAGAUGGAAAGAGAAGGGAUACUGGAAGGACAGCUGGAGUAAAAAUGCGCUGGGAAACUGGAUGGGUGACUUGAGAGACUUGCCGGGAUGGAAAUGGAGACAUGAGUCCCCGUCACCAGAACCUCCGGAUCCGAACGACAUGGAGUUCACCCCAUCCGAGAUUGAUGCGCUAGAAGCGAUACGCCCUCCUACACCCCCAUCUCCACCGAGGCCGUCGUCUCUUCAACCUCGGGGUCCGACUUGGAGCAAAAUCUUCGGGCUUCUCCCUGGCUACGACCCCGACCCAGCACCACCUACUUAUGCACAGCCAACCUCGAAGCCAUACGCAGAUGGUGAUGGCGAUGACGAAGGCAAUAGGCCAGGAGCUACAGCCGAACCCAUUGGUGGAGAGUCAGCACAGCGGUUGCGGGAGAACGGCGCCGACAUGGCUCCUUGCGCAGAACAGGGGGGACUCUUUCCCUCUGUGCAACACCAUGCCGACGUGGCAAGACCUACAAUGACCGUAAUAACCGCAAGCAACAGCGUCGGCCGACCACGCGUCGAAAUUGCCUCUCCGGUUGCCCGGAAAACCCGACUAGGGCAACAAGCGUCUCGAGCUCCGGCUAAGCCUUCAAAUAUCUCCAAGCCCACUCCAGCACCCCGUCGCAGCCCUAGGAUUGCAGAAAGGGAACGACGGUUAAAUGGUAUUGGCGUCUCGUCCGAGACUGUGAAAGCUGUAGACAAAGAGAACCUGACACUGCCACCAUGGAAAGAGCUGAGCCCGCAGACGAAAGAGACCUUGACGAGGGCGACAAAAAGGAAGAAGGAUCGCGUUAAGGAGAGACAUCCGCUAGCACCAUCGAAACCGCAAGGUGUCGCAAAGCGGAGGGGCCGUUCAAGACGUUUGAAUGCUUGA